ACUAUAGGCAGAUAAUAAUAGCCUUUCAUUGUUUCAAAGUGACAGUUAAAUUAUGUGAAGUUAUUGUAUAAUCAAAUUUGUCACAAUAAAAACAAUGUUGAAUUGAGCUAAAAAAACAUAUAUAAAAUGGUUGUGUUCUUGUCUUGUUCUUCUCUUUCUCCAUUUUUUCAUAUUCCAACUUUUGUGACCAAACCAAGGAAUAAGCAGCUACUAUGUAAUGUUCCUUCAUUUCAUCAAACUACCCUUCAAUCCACUCCUUUGAGUACAAACCUUCACAAAUGCUUCUCACAACAAAAACAAUCUCAAUCUUUUCAAGAGCAAGAACAACAAGCAUUUCGAUUUGAGCGUUUGUUCUCAAACCUUAAUCAAGCCACUUUAAAGAGAGAACCUGGAAGCUUAACUAGUGCAAUUUUCCUGGUGGCAGGCACUACGGUAGGUGCAGGGAUACUUGCAAUUCCUGCAGUCACACAAGAAUCAGGCUUUUUAGCAUCCACAGUUACUUGCAUUAUUUGUUGGGCAUUCAUGGUUGUGACAGGUUUGCUCGUUGCUGAAGUAAAUGUCAGCACCAUGUGUGAUCUCGGUUCUGGCGGCGUAUCAUUGGUAUCAAUGGCCAGAAGAACGUUAGGGACAGUAGGAGUUCAAAUUUCAUGUUGGUCAUACAUCUUCAUCCAUUAUGCCCUUCUGAUUGCCUAUAUAGCUCGUUCUUCAGAUAUCUUGACAAACUUUCUUGGCAUUCCCACAUGGGAAAGUGCUACUUUGUUUUCAUUGAUUUUUGGAGGCAUAUGCUUCUUUGGUAGCCAGCGCUUUAUUGGUACAAUUAAUGGUGUUCUAGUGAUUGGAAUCAUCAGCUUUUUUGCAGCUCUUGUGGUAGUUGCAAGUGGAAACCUUCAUUUGGAAGCUCUUUUAAAAGCAAACUUCCAAGCAGCUCCAAUGAGUAUACCAAUUAUUGCACUCUCAUUUGUUUACCAGAACGUGGUACCUGUUCUUUGUACAAAUCUUGAAGGAGACUUGUUAAAAGUAAGGAGUGCAAUAAUACUAGGAACUGCUAUACCUCUUGGUUUGUUUCUAGUUUGGAAUGCUGUUAUCCUAGGAACUGUCGGUGACAAUGCAAUGGGAUUAGAUCCAUUACAACAGUUGAGAUCUACAAAUGGAACAAUUGGGCCUAUAGUUGAGGUCUUCUCACUUCUUGCAAUUGCUACAUCUUACAUUGGAUUUGUUUUGGGUUUGACAGACUUCCUUGCAGAUUUGCUGAAUCUCCCAACCGGCCAGAAUAGGCCUUUGCCAUACAUACUGACUUUAAUUCCACCACUUAUACUCUCAUUGUUGGACCCUGAAAUAUUUUUUAAAGCCUUGGACUUUGCUGGAACAUAUGGAGUGUUGCUGCUUUUUGGAGUUAUUCCAGCUGCAAUGUCAUGGUCAGAUAGGAACUCAAAUUCAUCUUCAUCUGUGAAACUACCUGAACUAGUUCCAGGAGGGAGGAUAACCCUACUAAUGGUGCUUGGUGGUUCAGGAUAUGUUAUUCUUUCUGAAUUAUUUGAGAACUUGCAGCACCUUUGAAAAAGUAGUUAUCAUAUAUAAGGAUAUAUUCUUUCACUUUUUGUUUUUGUUUUUAGUUAUUAUUAAAGCAUAUUUUAGUCUUAUAGUGUAAAGUUACUUAAGAGGGAACUUUGGAGAAAAGGGUAUGUACAUACAAAUAUUAUUCCAAUUUGUUUCUUUUCACCCUCAAAGUAUGUUAACUCAAUCUUGGUACCAUACUAUUUAUUAUAUAAAGUUUCAGCCUACAAAGUACA